CCCUCCCCUCCGCCACCGGGGCGGUCGCCGUGCACUCCCGCCCUCCGCCCCUCGCUUACAAGAUCUAAUGAGCUCCCCCGGGAGGCCGAGCAGCCAGCCGGGCCGGCGCGAGGAGGCAGCGCCACGCCGGGGCGGGAGCCGGCCGGGGGCGCACGGGCCACGCUGGGGACCGCCCGGGAGCCGCGCCGAUGGCUGUGCAAGCGGCGCUCCUCAGCGCGCACCCCUUCGUGCCCUUCGGCUUCGGGGGCUCCCCGGACGGGCUGGGGGUCGCCUUCGGAGCCCUGGACAAGGGCUGCUGCUUCGAGGACGAUGAGAACGGGGCGCCGGCGGGCGCGCUGCUGCCCGGAGCCGAGGGCGGCGACGAGCGCGAGGCCACCCGCGACCUCCUCAGCUUCAUCGACUCGGCGUCCAGCAACAUCAAGCUGGCGCUGGACAAGCCUGGCAAGUCCAAGCGCAAGGUGAACCACCGCAAGUACCUGCAGAAGCAGAUCAAGCGCUGCAGCGGCCUCAUGGGCGCCGCGCCCCCGGGCCCGCCCCCCUCGCCCGGCGCGGCCGACGCGCCCCCCAAGCGGCCGCCAGCGGUCCCCGGCGCCCCGGCCGUCUCGGCCCCAGCGCCCGGCAAGGCGGUGCCCCGGCGGGAGGCGUCGCAGGCCACCGCGGCCGCCAGCCUGCAGAGCCGGAGCCUGGCCGCGCUCUUCGACUCGCUGCGCCACGUCCCCGGGGCCGCCGAGCCGGCGGGGGGCGCAGAGGCCGCGCAGGCUCCGGGCCUCGGCGGGGCAAGCGCGGGCGGCGCCGGAGGGGACGCGGCCGGCCCCGCGCUGCCGGGCGCCAGGAAGGUCCCGCUGCGGGCGCGCAACCUGCCCCCGUCCUUCUUCACCGAGCCGUCCCGGGCGGGCGGCGGCGGCGGCGGGGGCGGCCCGUCGGGGCCCGGCGUGAGUCUGGGCGACCUGGAGAAAGGGGCGGAGGCGGUGGAGUUCUUCGAGCUGCUGGGCCCGGACUACGGCGCCGACUCCGAGGCGGGCAUCCUGCUGGCCGCGGAGCCCCUCGACGUGUUUCCCACCGGAGCCGCGGUCCUGCGGGGACCUUUGGAGCUGGAGCCCGGCCUCUUUGAGCCGCCUCCGCCGCCGGCGAUCGUGGGGAACCUACUGUACCCCGAGCCCUGGAGCGCGCAGAGCUGCCCGCCGGCCAAGAAACCGCCCCUGGCUGCGGCCGGCGGAGGCUUGACCUUGAACGAGCCCUUGCGCUCCCUGUACCCCGCCGCGGUGGACCCUGCGGGUGGGGAGGACGGGCCGGGCCCGGUGGCCUCCUUCGCCCCCUUCUUUCCGGACUGCGCCCUGCCGCCCCCGCACCAUCAGGUGUCCUAUGACUACAGCGCGGGCUACAGCCGCACGCCGUUCUCCAGCCUCUGGCGACCGGAUGGGGUGUGGGAUGGGGCGCCGGGGGAGGAGGGCGUGCACCCUGACUGACUGAGAGGUACCCUGCCCUCCCCGAGAGACUGCAGUGGGGCGCUCCCUGCUCUUGUGACCUUGGAGAACUAUAGGAAAUGCACGUGGAGAUGAAACGGGGCAAUAAAAAUGUCAGUUAAAAAAAAAACUUGAGAAACACGAAAUAUUGGGGAUCAAUCAUGGUCUCAAGUGGACUUUAUUUAAACCGUUGGUGGUUUCUUACUGGACACCCCCCCCCCCAAAAAAAAAAAAAAAAACCAACCCAAACCAAGGUGUGUUUCGGGAAUCCUGGGAUUGGGGUUGCAGAAAGGGCAGGACUUGACCUCUUUUGCUCCCUGCCCUGUCCCAGCUUUUCAGCGAAGGUCAGUGCGUUGAGUUUACCCCCUGUACACCUUGCCCUGGUGCCUCCCCUUGAGUGCAUUAUGAAUUAAAGCCUAUGUUGAAAAAAAUGGA